AUGAGACCAUUAACUGAGGAGGAAACCAAGGUGGUGUUUGAAAAAUUGGCCAACUAUAUCGGUAGAAACAUAACCUUCUUAAUCGAUAACCCUACCAACCCCCACGUAUUCAGAUUACAAAAAGACCGGGUGUAUUAUGUCAGUGAACAAAUCGCCAGAUUCGCCACAUCUGUUGCCAGACAAAACUUGAUGUCCAUUGGUACUUGUUUUGGGAAGUUUACAAAGACCGGUAAGUUCAGAUUACAUAUAACUGCUUUACCAUAUUUGGCACAGUAUGCCAAAUAUAAGGUUUGGAUUAAACAAAAUGGUGAGAUGCCCUUUUUAUAUGGGAAUCACGUUUUAAAAGCCCAUGUGGGUAAGAUGUCUGAUGAUAUUCCAGAACAUGCUGGGUUAAUAGUAUAUUCUAUGAAUGAUGUACCCUUAGGAUUUGGAGUUAGUGCUAAAUCAACUACCGAAGCAAGAAAUUUACAACCAACUGCUAUAGUAGCCUUUAGACAGGGAGAUAUAGGUGAAUAUUUAAGAGAAGAAGACACUCUUUUUACGUGA